UUGGCCCGGCCCCGGUACCUCAGCGUUAGCCGUGGUUUGUUCCGUUCUGCCGCCAUGACUCAGGCUGAGAAGGGGGACCCGGAGAACGGGAGAGAAAAGGAGAAGGAGCGGGAACAGCGGGGGGUGAAGCGGCCUAUAGUACCGGCGGCCAUACCCGAGCCAGGACAGGAGCAGAUACAGAGCGAUUACAUCGUGGUGAUUCACCCCGGAUCCAGCACCCUGCGCAUCGGCAGAGCCACCGACACCCACCCCGCCGCCAUACCCCACGUCAUCGCCAGACGCCACAAGCAGCCGGGGCAAACCACGUACUGUGACAGGUGGCUCCUCAGAGAAGGACUGAAUAAACAAGAAGGAAACGAACAAAGACAGAAUGGCCUCAAGAUGGUGGAUCAAGCGAUUUGGUCUAAAAAGAUGUCGAAUGGAGCCAGGCGCAUCCCGGUGCUCCCCGAACAGGUUCGUGCCUACAACAAACAGAUGAGACCGGCUGUACUUGAUCACAAUUCAGGAGUUAAAUGGACAAACACGGCUCACCAUCCAGAAUAUCUUGUAGGAGAAGAGGCGCUCUAUGUGAACCCGGCGGACUGCUAUAAUAUCCAUUAUCCCAUCCGAAGAGGCCAGCUGAACCUCCACUCCAGACCCGGCGGCUCGCUCACUGCUGUGUUGACAGAUCUGGAAACCAUCUGGUCGCAUGUCAUCCAGAAAGUGUUAGAGAUCCAACUGAAAGAUCUAAAGUAUUACAGAUGCAUCUUACUGAUCCCGGAUAUAUAUAACCGUCAGCACGUGAAGGAGAUGGUCAAUAUGAUUCUAACAAAGAUUGGCUUUUCGGGAGUCAUCGUCCACCAGGAGUCCGUGUGUGCCGCGUUUGGCAGCGGUCUGGGCAGCGCCUGUGUGGUUGAUGUUGGGGAUCAGAAGACCAGCGUGUGUUGUGUGGAAGAUGGGAUAUCCCAUCGUAACACCAGGUUGUGUCUGGCCUACGGCGGCUCAGAUGUCACUCGCUGUCUUUUCUGGCUGAUGCAGAGAGCCGGGUUUCCCUACCGAGAAUGCCAGCUCUCCAAUACGCUGGACGGCCUCCUGCUUCAGCAGCUCAAGGAGUCCUACACGCAUCUCGACCAGGACAUCAGUGGCGUUCAGGACCAUGAAUUUCAGGUCCGACAUCCAGAUGCCCCAGCUUUGCUCUACCAGUUUCGCCUGGGAGAUGAGAAGCUGCAGGCUUCGAUGGCGCUGUUCUAUCCGGCCACGUUUGGGAUUACCGGCCAGAAGAUGACCUUUUUGCAGCACAGAUCUCAAGGCGAUGCGGAGGAUCCUCAUGAUGAACAUUAUCUGCUGGCAACCCAGAGCAAACAAGACCAGUCUGCCAAGGCUGCAGCUGAUCGGAAAGCCUUGCCAAAGCCCACCCUGUAUGAUGAUUCGCGGGGUCAAGGCCUGGAAGUGUCGGACAGAGGUCAUGCGCAGGAUCCAGAGCUGGGGCCGUCACAGAACGAUAGCUUAGCAUCCGGGAACGACGCAGACGAUUCGCCUGCCGCAAUGUUCUCCAGGAAAACGGCCAUGUCUCAGUUUGAAGGGAAGGCUUUGGGUCUGGAUAAAGCAAUUCUUCACAGCAUUGACUGUUGUGCUUCCGACGACACCAAGAAGAAGAUGUACGGCUCGAUCCUCGUGGUUGGAGGGGGUCUCAAGUUCCACAAAGCUCAGCAGUUUCUCCAGCAUCGGAUUCUCAACAAGAUGCCCCCAUCGUUCAGGAGAGUCGUGGAAAAUGUCGAAGUUAUCACAAGGCCUAAGGAUACGGAUCCCCGAUUGCUUGCGUGGAAAGGCGGCGCUGUUCUUGCGUGUUUGGACACGACCCAGGAGCUGUGGGUCUACCAGCAUGAGUGGCAGAGGUUCGGAGUGCGCAUGUUACGAGAGAGAGCUGCGUUUGUGUGGUGAACGCAAACGACGGGUUAAUAACGUGAUGCUUCAGCUGCAAAGUUCUGAGGACUCCGCAAUCCCAGCAUCUGAAGUCUUCAUCAUAUAUAUUUGUAUAUAUAUUAUACGUGUAUUUAUUGGAUGUGUCCGUGUGAUAAACAGAAUAAAACCGGAGACUUUGGAUAAGCAGCUCCGUGUAUUAAUGUGUCUCGUGAUGACGCUGAGAUCGCAGAACCCGCUGUUAUUAUAUUAUGAGAGAUGCGCUGAAAUGCGACGUAACAGCCCCAGAUAUAUCGCCGGGGGAGAUGCGGAGUAACGCGCUUUACUUCAUCCGGAUAACCUCGUUCUUACUGAUGGCGUUAAAGGUACAAGACUCAGACGAGGUCGUUUACAAAUGAGUGCGAGAGGGAAAAGAUAGGUGACCGACGUCAUGUGACCGCUUCUUUGUCCAUGCUGUGACCUCACACGUUCUGUAUCCUUCGUCUGCAAUAUAUACGCUGUCAUCUUGAGUGACAGCUGCCUUAGCCAAUCACAUCUCAGUAUGCUACAAAAGAAAAAUGGAUGUGUUUCUUUUGUCUGCGAUCGGUCGGAUUAUGUGAUAAGGAAGAUUAGGUUUGAUCCGUACGCUCGCUACGCAUAGCUAAAAAAUAAUGCAAAAAAA